AUUGGGAUAUAUGGCAUCGGUUCCGUCCUUCUCUCCGACUUUUUCCCAAUCCCAAAAUCUCCAAACCCUAACCCUAUCGAAUCAUUAAUUUCUCAUGAAAUUUACUCUCCUUUUUUGCUUCCCUCUCUCCCUUUUAGAUUCUCCUCUCCUCAAACCCUAGCUCCUAUUUCCCCCCCUUCUUUCGAUUGGUAUAGCCCCCGCAAAAAGCAACUUCCGCUAUUCUUUUUUUUUUCCCACCAUGGAAGGCUCUGUGGUGGAGGAUCUCGGGGCGCCGGACUCGUGGGAGGUGGCCGAUUUGGACGCUACAAUGAGCCGCUUGAUGCUCUCUUCUAACAAGGAAUCCAAGCCGGAAUUUCCCGAUGCUACUUCUUCAGCUUCUGCUUCUGGUUCUCCGGACGAGAAGGUGGUUUCGGAGGAUGCCAUUAACGAGGUUGAUCAGUUUCUCCGCGAGGCAAUUCAAAACCCCCGUGAGCGCCUUUCCAUCCUGAGGAUGGAACAAGAUGUUGAAAAAUUUAUCCGUGAUCCUAAUCAGCAGCAAUUUGAGUUCCAGCAGCUGCCUACAUCAUAUUUAAGGUUGGCUGCGCAUCGUAUCGCACAGCAUUAUUCAUUGCAGUCGAUGGUUUUAUUAGACAAUAAUUUACCGGAUGGUUCUGGUUCUAGAAUCAUUGUCUGCAAGACUUCUGAAUGUAGGCUUCCUCGUAUACGACUGGCUGACAUCCCUGUAAAUUUACCAUCAGAAGACCCUGGUGUUGUUAAGGUGGCAAUUAAACAGAGGCCACAGAAAAGGUCUCAGCUUGUAAGCAAUUCAAAUUCAAAUUCUAUGAAGUCAAACAGCUCCAAAAGUGUGGAAGAAAGAAAAGAGGAGUAUAACCGAGCUCGAGCAAGAAUAUUUAACUCUAGUAGUUCUAGCAGUGGUUCUGGUGGAAAACCACCAAGUGAACCAAGGUUGCAGGAUGUUAACUACUAUGGUUCCUCAAGGAUGCCAAAUAUGGAAGAGAAAUCUGUUUCAGUGGUUGCUGAUGUAAAUUCUGGUAGUGGUUUGAUUGAAUACUCUUCAAGUAGUAGUAGGUCGGCUAGAAGUAGGACAGAGAAGGAGCCAAUUGGUAGGAGCAAACCACAUAAUAGGGUGGCCAUCUUUCGGGAUCGCGAGACUGACCGCAAGGACCCUGAUUAUGACAGGAACUAUGAUAGGUACAUGCAAAGAUUUGAUCCUGGUUUUGGGUUCAAUAGUGGUCCAUACACAAUGCAACCUAUGUACACCCCUGCAAUUAACUACAACACCGAAUUUCCACAACUUGGAUCCACUCAUCGGCCUCAAAUAGCUACUGAACACCAACCUCGGCCUCUCCCACAACAUAUACCUGGGCCCUGGGUGGCUCCACCAACUGCUACAGGAAUCAGUUAUGGUCAUCCUGAAACAAUGAUGCCUCCUUUUAAUCCAAAUCAUGUUGGAGCACGCUCCACAUCUGCCAUAUAUCUGCAUUCUUCUCAGUAUCCUCUUCAGCGUCCUGGAAUGCCUUUUAUCCACCCUCAUGAGCAUGUUCACCAGCCUUUUUCGCAGCCUCAUCAACAUCAGCCUGAUGCUAGUUUUGGAUUAGCCCGGCCCCAGUGAGGGGCUUGGGCCAUGCCUGCACCCUGCCAGUGAAACAAUGAUUUGAAAUGUGAUGAAGCAAUGCAGUCUCGAGUUAUGUAAACUGGCAGGAGUGCAGGCAUAGAGGACCGGGGUGAACUGGACCAUAAUAAUGAAGGAUACAUGGAUCGAUCCACUCCCCCGCAGUCGGUUUAUGUUGGAGCUUCUAUAACUCUGGUGAAGGUUGGAGUGUUGGAGAAGCUCAUUUGGUUUGGGCAUAUUCACUGCCGUUGAUGAUGAUGAUGAAAAAUACAGGAGCUAAGAAUGUAAUCAGUCAUCAAUGAUGAAGCUAUACGAGGAGCCAAAGAGAAAUGGGAAGAUCUUGUUUCGGAGUCGACAAAUUGCUUGUGUCCUAUUGCCUAUGGGUAAAAGCGUUUUGCCGUGAAAUAAUAUGCCUUUACUGGAAUAAUAAAGUGGACCACAUUAUGUACCAUAUUACUAUUUGACCCAGGUGUAUUUUGAACCUUUUGAUUACCAUCUCAGCUAGUCUAUUGAUUUACUUGCAUACACACUUUUGUUUUCUGGAUAUUUAGCUGCACAAGCAAUGAUUGGCUUCUUGUGUAUGACAGAAUGCUAUAUGUUGCUCUGUUUGAGAGCACAAUUUGGCAGCAGCUUGUGAAAUGGCUUUCUGGCUUUUGACUUAAUACCAUCAACUGUGCCCAUUAAAUA